CUAGCAGCUGCUGGUUCCUGACUAUCUUGUUUCAUAUCCGCAUUUAGCAGCUGAUUCACCUGUAGAUACCUGCACAGGUGAAGUAAACACAGUUACAUUAGGAGCUGAUCGCUGUCUUCUUUCAUCUGUAAAACCAUGGCUCUAAAUAUGUACAUGUGCCUUUGUGUUGCAUUGAGUCUUUCCCCAGCUAUUAAUGGUGGUUUUAUGGUUGGAGGUUAUACAAAUAGAGAUCCCAAUGAUGCGGCAAUAACAGAUGCAGCUAAGUUUUCUGUUCAGGCGUACAAUGAAGAGUCAAAUGAUGUGCACUUCUUCAAACUCGGCGAAAUUGUAUCAGCUCAAAGUCAGGUUGUUGCUGGAAUAAAUUACAAAUUGAUUGUCGAAAUUGGGAAGACACCAUGCCGGAAAAAUCAUGCCAGUGAUAUGCAUGCAUGUGAUGGGGACAAUACAGAAGUACUACAGGUGUUGUCGUGUACAUUUGUAGUCUUCCAAAGUCUACCACCACAAAGCUACUCUCUUACAAAGCACGACUGUAAGCCUAAAUAAUCUGAUUUCAUCAUACUCCACAAAAUAUCCAAAUCUUACACUGUGUUGGUCAUGCAGCUGAGGUCAUUGUAUAUUAACUUGACUUGUUGUCCACUCUCAUAAAUAUUUUCUUUUGUUUGCAAUAUGUAAGAAAAAUGGAAGAAUACUUAGUAAAUGAAGAGAAACUAUGUCUGU